AUGAAAUUAAUAUAUAAUACACUCGGUAUUUCUCCGAAAAUUUGCAAAGAAAUUUUUGAAAAAAAAUUUUGUCUCUUACCGAAGAGGGGAGUUGGUAAUUUGGGCCCACUUCCUGAAAUGCGGAAAUAUGUUAUUAGAAAGACAGCAGAGACACUCACCAUAGCGAAUAGAGAAAAAAUAAAGGCUGCAAAACAUAAUCCUGAGGUGCAGUUUUGAAUUGAAAAUGGACUUAUUGCGAGGUACAAUGAUUAUUUUAUGCUAAAUCUUGACGAAGAUCUUAAUAGAAAGAAAUAUCAGAUUUUGGGCAGCCUUGACGCUUUGUUGAUUAUUAUUUUUGUAUUGGGUAGCUUUUUUACAAAUAAAGUAGCUUUAGAAGAAAGGAUUAAUCUUUUAGUAUCAGUGAAUUCUUCGUAUAAAUUCUCUGAAGGAAAAAUCAUAAUUACAGAUCCCAAACUCAUACACCAACCAAAAAUUAAAAAAAAGGUAUGCUGCAAUACAUUUUAG